AUGCCUAUAAUUAUGUCUUCUUGGGCAAAAAUAUCGCACAUUCUCGGAGGAUUUACUGCUUUGGUAUCGGCAGCUGCUUUGAAGGAUCAAGUCAAGGGAGUAGUAUUGCUACAUUCUGUUGGACAAUUUGGGGAUGCCAGUGGUGGAACCAAUGAUUCUGAAGAAACAGCCUUGCAGAUAUUCAUGGUAAAGGCACUGAAGGAAAUUUUUCAGCGUGUAGUUCUUGGAUUUUUGUUUUGGCAAGCCAAGAAACGAGCACGCAUUGAAUCUGUCUUGGAUUUGUUCAUUUACUGUGUUUGA